AUGUCUUUCUUCUCUCAGUCAUCGUGCUCCAUCCCAUGUAGCAGGCCUUCCCAUGGUAUUGGACAAUGUGGCAUCGGCGGUAGCAUCGGCGGUGGCUUCGGCGGUGGCAUCGGUAGCAUCGGCGGUGGCGUUGGUGGUGGCAUCAGCGGUGGCAUCGUCAGCUAUGGCGGCGGUGGCGCUAUGUCAUCCGGCAGCCUUGGCGUCGUCCCCGGUGUCCCCCAGUCCUGUAUGAGCCAGAUCCCACCGUCCGAAGUGACGGUCCAGCCACCUCCAAUUGUGGUGACCAUCCCAGGACCCAUCCUGUCCUCCAGCUGCCAGCCGUUGGCCAUCGGAGGCUAUUCCCCAUGUGCUAGCGGCUAUGGGUAUGGCGGUGGCUAUGGCGGCUAUGGUGGUUCCGGAGGCUACGGCUACGGUUCUUCCCGCUACGGACUGGGGGGCUCUGUAGGUGGGUACCUGGGCAAAUCCUGCUAUGGGUCAAAGCGCAGGCAAAGCAUCUGCGGGUAUCCCUGCUAAGAUCAAAUAGAUUAUCCAUUGGGAUCUGGGGCAACCUGGGAAUCUGACAACCGUGACCGAAACCGGCAACUGAAUUUAAGGACCUGAGCUUUCACAAGUGCUGAGCUGCUGCAGUUUCAAGCAGAAGCCUUGAGUUGCUCCCUGCCUCUGAAAUCUGUACCAUGACAUUCACACAUUGCACUUUUACUGAGAUAUGUUGCAUUGUCUCUGGUAUUUAUUUUCCACCCCCUCUGCUUGCUUUUUUGUGCUAUGUGCAGGAAACCUUCCCCAAAGGAAGGCAGGACAGAAUGUACUUCACCACAUGCUAGUUGUGUCAUGUAAAACUAUAUUUGAUGCUGUUGUAAUACAAACAUCUCCUCUCCCCGU